AUGCGGGCACCAAACGUCAGUCGAUUACGGCAGUCUGUGAUCGAAGUGGAACGGAAAUUCUUGUGUAAUGAGCAGCACCUCAGACAAUUUCGCGCAAAUCAAGGCACGCCAGCAUUCAGCCCCUUGGAGAGUCUAGGCAAACAAUGUUUUGAGGAUACGUAUUUUGAUCGAGACAACAUCUUGUCAGCAAACGGAAUCUGGGUUCGCAGGCGCGACGGUCGGUGGCAGGCUAAAGUUCGACCGGAUCCUAAACAUAGCUCAUUUACCAAUUCUCAAUUUGAGGAGCUCACCAAGCCGAGCGAAAUUGCGCAGAUGCUUCGCACACGCCUGAAUAUCGACGCGGUGCCUUCGAUGGAGCAAGACUUUGGACUUGUGCAGAUGGCUCGUUUCACGACAUAUCGCGAGAUGUGGAAGGCGAACAAGAAAUUUGGCAUUGUGGUUGACCAGACUGAUUUUGGGCAUGUUGUGGGAGAAGUGGAGCUGGAACAGGAGAUCCAAGUCGACGACAAUGAUGAGACAUCGCUGGCAAGGAGGCAAAGUGCAAUCGUACAGAUGGAUGAGGAGAUUAGGAUCUUUAUGGAGAGGUAUCAGUGGGCAUUUCCUCUGGGAAAGCCUGUUGGAAAGCUUUCGGCCUAUUUUGCAAGGCAGAGAUGA